UACAUGUAGCUAUUCAAUACUCGUUGUAAGUUCAGUGACUAACGUGAAACAUAACACGCGUUUGUGUGUAUUUUUAAUAAGUUUAAUUUAUAUAUUAUAUAUAAGUUCACAAAUAUCAACAAAAUGAACGGAUUCGUAUUGUGCUUUGUUGUCGCCGCCAUUGCCAUGACCUCCGCUGAGCCACCAAGUGGCUACAGUUACAGUCGGCCAUCAUCAUCAUUCGGCUCCAGCUUCGGCGGCGGAAGCGGCUACUCCAGCGGCGGAGGCGGCUACUCCAGCGGCGGAAGUGGUUACUCCAGCGGCGGAAGCGGUUACUCCAGCGGCGGAAGCGGCUACCCCAGCGGCGGAAGCGGCUAUUCCAGCGGCGGUAGCUAUGUACCGGUCUCCUCGGGACCGUCCACAUACGAAGGCCAAUACGUCGACCCACAACUGCUCGAGCAGAUCAAGCAGAUCGUGCUCAAGGACGAAUCCUCCUCGUCCGGUGGAUACCCAUCGUCGUCGUACGGCGCCCCGUCCUCCUCUUACGGAGCCCCGUCUUCCUCGUACGGCGCCCCGUCUUCCUCGUACGGAGCCCCGUCAUCCUCUUACGGCGCCCCGUCGUCUUCAUACGGAGUACCCUCCUCAUCGUACUCCAGCCGCGUUGUCGGACUCGACUUCGAAGGAGUGAAACCCGCCAUCCAAGUGGCACAAUUCAAACAAUCCGGCGGAUAUUCGUCCGGCGGCGGAUACCCGUCCUCCAGCUACGGUGCCCCCUCCAGGCCGUCCUCAUCCUACGGUGCCCCCUCAGGGUCAUACUAAUAACGUUAAUUAUUAAUUAUUCGUCAUCCCUCGUAUUCGCCACCACCACAUCCAACCAUGUUCUUUUACUCGGCGUCUUGAGUAUCUUUUACAAAAGACCUACAACCACUAGGAUGUCGUUUCUCAGCCAACCAGUAAAAGAACUACAAUUUUAUUGUUUACAUUUUUUUUUUAUAUUUCAUUUUGUAAUAUAUAAUUCUUGAGUGUUUUGUUA